AGAGAGAGAGAGAGAGAGAGAGAGUAGGGGAUAAAGAGGGGAGGAUGGUGAAGGAUUCAUGCUGCUAUGAUCUACAACACAAAGUACUAGUUGUUUGAGCAGGAAAAGGAUGGGCUUCCUGCUUUCUGAUACAUUGCUUGAAUCCAUUCUUCCUUCUCUAGCUUCACCUUCCCUUUAAUUCUCAAAACUGUCUGCUAGUUUGUGUUCAUUGCUUCUUCCCCUUGGGACUCUCAUUCUUGAGGGGAUGGAAGCAAGCCAGCAGAAUGCAGUGGGAGGAGGAAACAAAGGGAGGUUCAGGAGCAUAUGUGUUUUCUGCGGGAGCAGGCACGGAAACAGGACUUCCUUCAGUGAAGCAGCUCUUGACCUUGGAAAGAAACUGGUAGAGAGGAAAAUAGACCUGGUUUAUGGUGGUGGAAGUGUCGGCCUAAUGGGGUUGAUAUCUAAAACAGUCUUUGAUGGUGGCUGCAAUGUUCUCGGGGUCAUUCCUACUGCCCUCUUGCCAAGUGAGAUAUCAGGAGAAACCAUUGGAGAGGUGAAAACAGUUGCAGACAUGCAUGAGAGGAAGUCAGAAAUGGCUAAAAAUGCUGACGCAUUUAUCGCGCUUCCAGGUGGUUAUGGAACCAUGGAGGAACUUCUUGAGAUGGUAGCUUGGUCUCAGCUUGGCAUCCAUGGCAAACCAGUUGGGAUACUGAAUGUGGAUGGGUACUACAAUGAUUUGCUUGCAUUAUUCAAGAAGGGAGUGGAGGAAGGCUUCAUAGAAGACUCAGCAAGUCAGAUUGUAGUUUCAGCAGACAAUGCAGAAGACCUCAUCAGGAAAAUGGAGGAAAGACUGGGAGAGAAGAGGAUGAGGGAGACAAGCAAGAAGAGGAAAAUAAGCUGACAGAGCUCAAGUGCAUGUGCUUGGUUCUAACAUUUCAGGUGUAUUUUUUGUGUAGUGGUGGUUCCAAUUUGGUUGUUUGUUUCCAAGAGUAUGUGGACCAGUGGAAGUCUGCUACCAGUGGGUGGGCAUAUAUAGUCUCCCAGCUUCAUUUCACCACUCCUCUCUGUAAAUGUAUUAUUACAAACUGUAUGCACUAUCUGUCAAAUUGUGAUUAAUUGCAGGAUAUGUAUGUGAAUCUCUAUCGUGUCAAUUUA